AUGAACGGCGACACCGGCUUCUCCCACGGCGCGUAUCACUCCAACCAUCACAACCAAGGCUUCUCCAACCGCAACGCUCGUCGCGCCAAUAUACCGGCUAUAAACACCGCUGCCGUUGGCCAAACCGCCGAUAUGUCCUCCGGUUACGAUAUGAAUUAUACCCCCCCUGCUGCCCUCGCAGUUGCUCGUGGGAAGUCCCUUCCAGCCUGGAACCCCCUCGACCUUUGCCUCUCCCCAGUUUGCCAACUUUGGUGGCUUUCCCCAGGGCAAUGCCAAUGGACACGCGCAGAACCACCAGAACCACCACCAGCUCGGCAGCCCGACCCAGGGUAUGCAGAACCCCGGAAUUCUCCAAUCAAUGGAAUGGGCGGCCUCGGCAACGCGGCCCUGGGCAGCCCGGGGGCCUCAGUGACACCCGGAAUGCUGUCCGGGACCAGUCGCACAGUCUACUUGGGAAACAUCCCGGCGGAGACCAGCGCGGAGGAAAUCCUCAACCAUGUGCGCAGCGGCCAGAUCGAGUCGGUGCGCCUGCUCCCCGAUAAGAACUGCGCUUUCAUCUCUUUCUUGGACAGCAGCUCUGCGACCCACUUCCACUCCGAUGCCAUCUUGAAAAAGCUGGCCAUCAAGGGGAAUGACAUCAAGGUCGGCUGGGGUAAGCCCUCUCAGGUACCGACCUCCGUCGCCCUGGCGGUUCAGCAGUCCGGGGCGUCGCGUAAUGUUUACCUAGGCAACCUUCCCGAAGAAACGACCGAGGACAACCUGCGCGAGGAGCUCGGCAAGUUUGGUGCCAUUGACACCGUCAAGAUCGUGAAGGAGAAGGCCAUUGGCUUCGUUCACUUCCUCUCGAUUAGUAAUGCCAUGAAGGCCGUCACACAGCUCCCCCAGGAAGCCCAAUGGCAGGCUCCUAAGCGCGUCUUCUACGGUAAAGAUCGAUGCGCCUACGUGUCCAAGACCCAGCAGCAGAACGCCGCGCAGUUCCUCGGUAUUGCGCCGGGCUAUGCGCAUGUUCUGAACUCGGCCGAUCGCGAUUUGAUUUCGAACGCGCUGGCCCAGCAAUCUGUGGCUGCGGCCGCCGUUGCGACCACGGCUGGCGGCGUCAACAACCUCGGCAACCGGACUAUUUACCUUGGAAAUAUCCACCCCGAGACCACCAUCGAGGAAAUCUGCAACGUCGUGCGUGGGGGUCUUCUUCACCACAUCCGUUACAUCCCCGACAAGCACAUCUGCUUCGUUACCUUCAUCGACCCGACCUCGGCCGCCUCCUUCUACGCCCUGAGCAACCUCCAGGGCCUGAUGAUCCACAACCGACGAUUGAAGAUCGGAUGGGGCAAGCAUUCCGGACCUCUCCCGCCAGCCAUUGCACUCGCAGUGAGCGGCGGCGCAUCUCGAAAUGUCUAUAUUGGAAACUUGGAUGAAGCUUGGACGGAGGAACGUCUGCGUCAGGACUUUUCGGAAUACGGAGAGAUCGAAUUGGUGAACACUCUGCGUGAGAAGAGCUGCGCAUUUGUCAACUUCACCAACAUCGCCAACGCUAUUAAGGCGAUCGAGGGCAUGCGUAACCGCGAGGAUUACCGCCGCUUCAAGAUCAACUUCGGCAAGGAUCGUUGCGGUAACCCUCCGCGCCAGGCUGGCAACAACUCCAACUCCCAGGGCCGUAACGGACAGGGGUUGGAAGGACCACAGUCUCCUUCACCCGCCAUCAAUGGCUUCCAGCAGCCUCUCAGCCAGUCUGGCUCCCAGCCGAGUCCAACUCGCCCGGCACUCUCGCCCGCCUCGGGCUCCAACGGUUCGCAGAAUGGACAACAGCGUCACCCAUUACAAAACGUGUCAUCUCCCUCCGGUGUGCUGAAUGUGGGUUCGAACAACCCCCUGACUAUGUACCUGAACCAAAUGUCACAGCAAUCUCAGGACCAGGAGAACGGCCUGCGUGACCCAAUGGCUCUGGCCGGCCUGCAGGCUCAGUCCCAGGUGCCGCAACAAUCCCUGUACAACAGCUCUAGCAACGGCGAUCUCUCCAAUGGAAGUAUGGAGGCACCGAUGCAUCAACACCAGCACCAACACCAACAUCAGCACCAGCACCAUCAACACAAGCCUUCCGGCAACGGCUAUCUGAGCGUUGGCUCUGGCUCUGGCCACCAUGCCACAGCAAGCACUAGCAGCCUGAGCGUGCCUCGUGCGUCGCACUCGCGUGCUGUGAGCCUGCCGUCUUUCUCACAGGAGCCUUUUGGACCUGUCUCAGGACAGAGUGGUCACAUUCGUACCGGCACUACCCAUCAGCCCCAGGCCAGCUUUUCCAGCUUCUCGUCUGCUCUGGGCGGAAUAAACCACUCUGGUUUCGGUCUUGCCAUCCAGAACGAGAACUCGCUGCCUGGCUGGGCUGAAGAGGAAAUUGGCGCCAAAUGA